GGCCUUGCCAAACAGCACGCUCCCCCAAACUCAGAACUCGUCCGGGUCCCACUCACUCACCCACUCGCUCGCUCUCUUUCUGCAUUUGGAGAAGCUAAGAUCUUCGAGAGGAGAAUAUCUCUGAUUCCUCUUUACUGAACUGUUGAAUCUAAACACUUUCCAUCUGUGGAUUUUUAGGGUUUUCAGUUUUCUUCAUUUGCUAGGUACGCAGGGGGACUAGCAUUUUCAGUUCAACACAAGCUCCAUGAUGAAGACCAUGAACAUCUUCAAGAAGAAAACUUCCCCUAAAGAUGCCCUGCGCGAGAGUAAGAGGGAAAUGGCUGUGGCAACACGAGGUAUUGAACGCGAGAUUUCAUCUCUCCAACUAGAGGAGAGGAAAUUGGUUGCGGAGAUCAAGAAAACGGCUAAAACUGGGAAUGAGGCUGCCACUAAGAUCUUAGCUCGUCAACUUGUUCGACUCCGGCAACAAAUUACUAACUUACAGGGGAGUCGUGCUCAGAUAAGAGGUGUAGCAACUCAUACACAGGCACUAUAUGCUAGUACUUCAAUUUCUACUGGGAUGAAAGGUGCCACCAAAGCAAUGACUGCAAUGAAUAAGCAAAUGGAACCUGCAAAACAAGCCAAAGUGAUAAAAGAAUUCCAGAAACAAUCAGCACAAAUGGACCUGACAAUAGAGAUGAUGUCCGAGGCUAUUGAUGAGACUUUAGACAAGGAUGAAGCUGAGGAGGAGACAGAAGAACUCACUAACCAGGUGCUUGAUGAGAUUGGCGUGGAUAUUGCAUCCCAGUUAUCUUCAGCCCCAAAAGGCCGGAUUGCAUCAAGGAGUGCUCCCGAAGUUGUUCCCAGUUCUGAAUCUUCUACUGAUGUCGAGGAUCUUGAGAAGAGGUUGGCCUCUCUUCGACGCAUAUGAUGUGGGAAAGGCAAUAAUGGCAAUCUGUCAAAUGCAAAGUGGCUUCUUCAACUGUAAAUUUUCUCAAAUUAAAGCAAGAUUACCUGCGGGAAGAAAUAUAGUUUGUAAAACAGAGAACUUUACUGAAAAUGUAGUUUGAGUUUUUGUUUUAAAGCUAAAUUUUUUAUUUAUUGAUCUCCCUCGAAAUUGAUUUGUGUUCUUAGACUGAACUCUGUUAGGCAAUGCAACAUUACCCAUUGUUCUAUUUA